ACCUCAAUACAUGAAGGCAAACUGUGCCUAUAAAUUAAUGUGAUACAAGUUAUACAAAUUCACUCAAUUCCUUCUACUCUUUACAUUACAACUAAAAGAAAAUGGAGUCAAAGUUUGCUCACAUCAUUCUUUUCUUUCUUCUUGCAUUGUUUUUUCAAUCACUGAUGGCAAGAGAUUUGAUCAGUGAUGGCAUAGAAGUACUACAACUUCCAGUGGAAAAUGAUGGUGAAUUUGUAUGCCCAGGUAAGCUAUCAUGGCCUGAACUUGUUGGAAAGUCAGCAACAUAUGCAAAAGAAGUAAUUCAGAAGGAAAAUCCCAAUGUUAGUGAUAUUAGGGUUUUAUAUCCUGGUAUGAUGGGGCCAUUUAAUUAUGUUUGUGGCAGAGUUUUGCUGUAUGUUGACUGGAAGGCCAUUGUUAAAAUUACUCCUAGAAUGGGUUAAUUAAUUAUUCUAUGGGGUGGGAACAUUAUGUUAUGAAAAUUAAAUAAAGUGGAGACAUUAAAUAUAAUGUCUUUCAUGUACUCUAACUAUUUCAACAUAAAUAAAAGUACUAGUAAUUAUUUUCUUUUA